GUGACGUCACGAGCUUAGCUCGCGUGCGCGAAUAUGGCGGUUCCUGCGACGACGAGCGACUCCAAGAAAAGUACUGAAAGUUAUGAAAUAAAAGGAAGACAUGACGAGAAUCGACACUAAAAAAACUGCGGAAGAAUCCAGCGAAUGUUCGAUGAGGAAACGAGCCCGACAGGAGAGACAUAAAGACGGCGCGGAGAGCUUUUAUGUUCGCCUGAGGAGCGCGAGAGAGUGAGAGCUGCACGCGGAAGUGACGAGAGACUUUAACUACAACUACAACAAACUCGAACUAUACACUACAAGUAAAAGUUACACGGGUUUAAUGUGAAUAAAACAGUUUCUGUGAGAGUUCAAACUACCUACAUGUGUUUAAUUAGCCGAAAUCUCAUCAGAAGUCGUUUAAUUUCGAGAAAGUACGUUAUUUACGUCGGUUUACAGCUGAUACAGAUGUAAAUAAUUGUAACUAAAUAAUAGUUAUUACUAAGUGUAAUAAUAACUACUGAAUGACACUACAAACUAGUCUGACAAUCACUACCGUUACCGAAAAUCUACUUUCAAAAGUUUUUAUCAUUUGUUGAUGAUAAAAACGAUGAUAAUUGACUGCAGUUUAAUGCACAUCAGCAUAUCUGAACUAAUUAUUGACAUGUCUGAUGUGCUGUAAUCAAAAACAUUCAUAUUAAUGUGACGUCACUAUGAUUGACAGCUCAUCAACACUACCCUACUCAGCCUUUGUGUUGUGACAGUGUUAAUCAUGUGGAGAUUUCAGUGAAGGUCAUCAUCAUCCUCAUGCGUUGACCCUUAAGACAGAUGUUACGUCCUCCUCGUCUGACAUUGAUCUGCUCUGAAAUCAGACUCGCACACGCAUCCAGCCGUCGAUGCAUGACCGGCACAGAAGAGCACGCGGCUGCUGGACUUCUUCACUGACACGCUUCAUCCCAGCACGUCUGGACCGUGAUCCACAUCCGCUGUGUGUCCGGCCGCGGCCUGGCAUCCUGCCCUUAUGGGGCAGCAGCCAGGGAAGUUAGUCGGGGACCAGAGGAGACCGAGUCUGCCGGCGCUGCCCUUCAUCAAGGGCGCGGGGAAGAGGGAGACGUCACGGCAGGGAGCGCAGCACUGCAAUGUGUUCACCGUUCACGAAGCUCUUCAGCGGCCGGAUUUUGAGCCUCCGGGUCUGUCUGAAGCGGCUCGCUGGAACUCCAAAGAGAAUCUGCUGGCGGGACCCGGUGAAAAUGACCCCAAUCUGUUCGUAGCGCUGUAUGACUUUGUAGCGAGCGGCGACAACACUCUCAGCAUCACCAAAGGAGAGAAGCUGAGGGUUCUGGGAUACAAUCACAAUGGCGAGUGGUGCGAGGCUCAGACCAAGAACGGCCAGGGUUGGGUGCCCAGCAACUACAUCACGCCCGUCAACAGCCUGGAGAAGCACAGCUGGUACCACGGGCCUGUGUCCCGCAACGCCGCUGAAUACCUGCUGAGCAGCGGCAUCAACGGCAGCUUCCUGGUGCGCGAGAGCGAGAGCAGCCCUGGACAGAGAUCCAUAUCUCUGCGCUAUGAGGGACGCGUCUACCAUUACCGCAUCAACACUGCGUCCGACGGCAAGCUGUACGUGUCGUCAGAGAGCCGCUUCAACACGCUGGCAGAGUUGGUUCAUCAUCAUUCCACGGUGUCAGAUGGUCUCAUCACAACGCUGCAUUACCCAGCUCCCAAACGCAACAAGCCCACCAUCUACGGCGUGUCGCCCAACUAUGACAAAUGGGAGAUGGAGCGCACUGAUAUUACCAUGAAACACAAGCUGGGCGGAGGGCAGUACGGAGAAGUGUACGAGGGCGUCUGGAAGAAAUACAGCCUGACUGUGGCUGUCAAAACACUAAAGGAAGAUACAAUGGAGGUGGAAGAGUUUUUAAAAGAAGCUGCAGUCAUGAAAGAAAUUAAACACCCAAACCUGGUGCAGCUGUUAGGCGUCUGCACACGGGAACCUCCCUUUUAUAUCAUCACAGAGUUCAUGACUCAUGGAAACCUGCUGGAUUACCUGCGUGAAUGUAAUCGUCAGGAGGUCAACGCUGUGGUGCUGCUCUAUAUGGCCACACAGAUCUCCUCUGCCAUGGAGUACCUGGAGAAGAAGAACUUCAUCCACAGGGAUCUAGCUGCCCGUAACUGCUUAGUUGGGGAAAACCACUUGGUUAAAGUGGCAGAUUUUGGUCUGAGUCGCCUGAUGACGGGUGACACCUACACAGCUCAUGCAGGAGCCAAGUUUCCCAUUAAAUGGACUGCACCGGAGAGUCUGGCCUAUAACAAAUUCUCCAUCAAGUCCGAUGUGUGGGCAUUUGGAGUUCUGCUUUGGGAGAUUGCCACCUAUGGGAUGUCUCCAUAUCCUGGAAUUGACUUGUCCCAAGUUUACGAGCUACUAGAGAAAGAUUACCGCAUGGACAGACCCGAGGGAUGCCCAGAGAAAGUCUAUGAACUCAUGAGGGCCUGUUGGAGAUGGAACCCUGCCGAGCGACCUUCUUUUGCUGAAACCCACCAGGCGUUUGAGACAAUGUUUCAAGAGUCCAGUAUCUCUGAUGAGGUGGAGAAAGAGUUGGGGAAAAAGGGUAAGAAGCAGACCCUGGGUCCAAUACAGCAGGCCCCAGAACUUCCCACUAAGACGAGGACACUACGAAGACAUAUGGACAGUAGGGAUGGUGACAGCCCAGAUGCAGCAGAAGCUGAGGUGGCUGGGCUGCCGAUGCUCCCGAGGCCUCUUCUUGAUAGCAACUUGAAUGAAGAUGAUCGGCUCUUGACUAAAGAUAAAGAUAAGUUCCGAAUGAAUCCCUUCAGUUACAUAAAGAAAAAGAAGAGAACGGCUCCGGCACCCCCGAAACGCAGUAGCUCGUUCGGGAAGAUGGAUGGACACCUGGAUCGUAGAGGACUGGGUCCCGACUGCAGAGAUGAUUUCAACAACGGGGCUUCCACCAAUGAUGCCUUGCAUGGCAUUGACCCUUCCAAAUUGGUUGGGUCUAACAAUACCACAGUAGUCGGAGUCACCAAUGGGGCCCCAGCAUAUCCCGGACAGCUCUUCCCUUCUCAUUCAAGGAAAAAGGGCACGGGCACAACAUCAGGCAAUGGAGGGAAACUCGCCACAACUCCGCCAGCUGAGGAAGAUCCUAUGUCAAACUCCAAGCGCUUCCUAAGGUCUUCUUCCGCCUCUAGCAUGCCCCCAGGGUCUGAGCGUACCGAAUGGAAGUCGGUCACCCUGCCACGUGACAUACAGUCAUCUCACUUUGACUCGGGCACCAUUGGAGGCAAGCCGGCUCUGCCCCGCAAAAAAGCAGAUUGCGUGCCACGUGGUGGCACCCUUACCCCGCCACCACGCCUUCCCAAGAAAACCGAGGAUCCAUCGGACGAAGUGUUCAAGGACUCAGAGUCUAGUCCUGGAUCAAGUCCUUUGACUCUGACACCAAAGCUUGGCCGUCGACCGCAAACGGAAAGCUCAAAAACGAGUGCCUUGCAAGCGGAGCUCUUCAAGCCCAAUGUGUUUCCACCUUUGGGACCACCUGGGGAUGAAUGCAGACCUCGUCGGCUCAAGCACACUUCUGAAGUCCCUGGACAAAGAGAUAGGGAGAAGGGGAAGUUCGCUAAACCUAAACCUGCUCCUCCUCCGCCUCCGGUCUCGAGUGCCAAAUCUGGAAAGACUUCGAGGAGUCCAACUUUUGAUGUUUCUUCGGAUACCAAAGUCAAGGGUUCCUCUGAAAUGAACCCUCCUAGUCCCGGCUCCACAGAACAAGGCAGGGGAAGUCUUUCCCAGGAAAGUGCCAAAAAAUUGCCAAAAAACACAUCAAAAGUGCAGCCCCCAAAGACCUCGUCUACAUCUCCGACUGGUCAGCUACCGGGAAUGGGAACGGCUGUCGGCGACUCGGGAUCUAACUUCAUUCCACUCAUGACGACUCGGCGGUCGCUAAGGAAAACACGCCAGCCGUCGGAGAGACUGUCCAACUCUUGCAUCACGCGUGAGAUGGUCUUGGAGAGCACAGAACUCCUGCGAGCCGCCAUUGGCCGGAUUUCAGAGCAGACCGGCAGCCACAGUGCGGUGUUGGAAGCCGGCAAGAACCUGUCCAAGUAUUGUGUGAGCUAUGUCGAGUCCAUCCAGCAGAUGCGGAACAAGUUUGCUUUCCGCGAAGCCAUCAAUAAGUUGGAGAGCAGUCUACGUGAGCUACAGAUCUGCCCUGCUGCCACUGGGGGAGCCAACACGCCACAAGACUUUUCAAAGCUGCUUUCAUCUGUCAAGGAGAUCAGUGACAUUGUUCAGAGGUAGCUGAGAAGAGCAUGGAUGGAACCAAUAUCUAGAUGUCUGGGGCCUCUCUGGGUUGACGUACACUUCAAUUGAACCCAACUCAGCUUCUCUCAUGCCAAACAGAGGAACAUUUAUGAACGAUUCAAGUGUCUUAUUACUGUGCACAAAAACAGUGGAACCAGUGAUGUUCCUCAAAAGUCUGUUUGGCGAUCUUAAGGAUACCCCAGGUCCAAGUCAUAUCGACUUGAUUUUUAUGAGUUGUCUUUCUUAGUAAUUCCACAACUUGACUUUUCUUGCAUUUUCUCAAAGCAAAGACAGCAUUAUCUCAGAUGACUGACAGAAAAACACCUCAUGUGCCUCACUAUUUCCAAUAUUUUUUUUAGGGAUCAAAAUAUAUUUGAUUACAAAAGAAAACAACACUCAAGAUCAUAGUAUUGACAAAGACUGUUGAUGUCCAACUCUUUUUCUUCAUGUGGUUGCGGUUGGUCAAGAAAGGCCUUUGUUGUGAGAUGUGAACGGUCCCUGUGAUAUGAGGAACUUCAUUUUGAAACCGACUGAUUAAGUAUUGUAUGAUUGCAACACUGUGCCAUGAAUGACAUUUCACUGAUGGGGCUGAAAAGUCAGCGCGGUUUUCCCACCUUUUCCUGGUCCGUCAAGGGUUUUGAACAAGUGUUCCUUCAGCACAAUCACUACAUACAUGACUUUCCAAAAUACACAGUGGCCUUAAAGAGAGCAUGAAUCAUUGAUCAGCAAAUGAAACACACUACUGUCUCAAGGAGAAAGACUUUGACGUGAGAAUUGGAGCUUAAGAAGCAGUAUAUGUAUAGAUGUUUUUAUUGUAAUGUCCUCUGAAAGAACUUCUGUGACCACUUGAUGUCAUUUCAAAGGUAUUCCACACACCACUGACGGAAGUGCCUCGGUGAAAGGAGCAGCUUUAUUGAAAGACCACAAGCGUGUCUUAAAAUUAUAAUUCUCGUUGAGGAUGUUGGAGUCAAUGACUAUCUUACUAAAACUUUCCUGUUUGUUUUGCUUGUGUAAUUGAAAUUAUGCAGUUGUUUUCAGUAUUAGUUUGUCUUUUCAACACUCUGCCAUCUGACUGUGAUGCCUGAGGAGGAAGCCAACCACAAGCUGCCUUUAAUUCAACAUGGUACUACCAGUGUUGACAUUUCAUGUUUUGUUUUGUUUUUGUCUCUUCAAAAUCAUGCCACUACUUUUUAAUGUGUAUUCAAGCCUCACCCUUUUGUAGACUUAUUGCUCAUCUUUGUAAAUACACGUCACUUGUUUUCUCUUUUCAGUCGAUUCUUCCUGUAACCUUGGUGCAAUUUUUGUUGCAUAAAAUACAAAGCAGUUUUGCUACUUGAACAACGUAAAGAGUGUUCUCA